GUGUACGGAAGUACAAACCAGCGCUUACAGAAGUCACCGACAUUUUUAGGAAAAAGGGAGAGCUGUGUUACCGGUGUGUCCGCCGCCCUAGGAAGCUUAUAAAAGAAACUUGCUAACAAUAAAUAGCAGUGUUGUUCACAUUAUCCUUGUACACGGCGAAAUAAACUUUCCAAGGAGUUUCAUUAUAAGUCCUUUCGGCGUGUGUGCACACGCUGGUCAUUUGCAUUAUCAAAAGUACAAGAUCACUUAUUUCCUGUUUUUUUUAUGAGUUAAGAGUUGCUUGGAGAUCCUGUUAUUUGUCAGCUGACUGUUGCCGCGCACAGAGGGAACGAACACUGCUCUGGGUAUGGCACCUCUUCUGGGGCUCUGCGUGUUCCUCUUCGCCACUACGGCUUGUUUGGGCCGGGAAGCUACCUUUAAGAAGCCACCGAAACUCGUUGAGUCCAAGUAUGGCUCGGUGUGGCCCGUCCCUCAAGCGAUCCAGAUUUCUGAAGUGUCCUUCGAGCUGCACAGCUCCAACUUCGAGAUCACCCACUCCGCCAAGUCUUCUGCGGGGCCCAGGUGUUUCCUAUUGCAGGAAGCUUUCCGCAGGUAUUUUGAAUAUAUAUUUAGGUUGCCUAACACAAGGGAGGGAUACCUGAAGAAGCCCAACUCAAAUGCAGUAGUCUCCCAAUUGCAGGUGUUAAUCACAUCUUCUGAUCCAGAGUGCGAUGGCUAUCCAAACUUCAAGUCUGAUGAGUCCUAUACCCUUGUUGUUGAUCAACCAAUAUCUCUUCUGACUGCUGCCAAUGUUUGGGGUGCUCUAAGAGGACUUGAAACAUUUAGCCAGCUUGUUUACCAAGAUGACAAUGGAAUGCAUCAGAUCAACAAGACUAACAUAAAGGAUUUUCCAAGGUUCCAACAUCGCGGGAUUUUGUUAGAUUCAUCGCGUCAUUUCCUGCCACUUAAAGUCAUUCUUGCUAACUUGGAUGCUAUGGCUAUGAACAAGUUUAAUGUAUUUCACUGGCACAUUGUGGAUGACCAGUCUUUCCCCUAUCAAAGCACAGCAUUCCCAGAUUUGAGUGAUAAGGGUUCAUACCACCCAUACACUCAUGUGUACACACAUAUGGAUGUGAAGAUUGUAAUUGAAUAUGCUCGAUUACGUGGAAUCAGAGUUAUUCCAGAAUUUGACACACCUGGUCACACUCAGUCCUGGGGCUUUGGUCAGAAAGACCUUCUUACAACUUGCUAUUCUGGGGUUGCACCAUCUGGAACCUAUGGCCCAGUGAAUCCCAUCCUGAACACUACCUAUGACUUCAUGUCUGUUCUCUUUAAAGAGGUUAGCUCCGUAUUCCCUGAUGCCUAUGUCCACCUAGGAGGUGAUGAAGUGGAUUUCACCUGCUGGAAGUCAAACCCUGAUAUUCAAACGUUUAUGGAUGAACAAGGAUUUGGGAAAGAUUACAGCAAGCUGGAGUCAUUUUACAUCGCCAAGAUUUUGGACAUUGUUGCCCAAACUGGAAAAGGAUAUAUGGUUUGGCAAGAAGUGUUUGAUAAUAAUGUAAAGUUAAAGUUAGACACAGUUGUUCAUGUAUGGAAGGGCAGCGGCGACCAACAGUACAAGAUGGAAAUGGCAGCUGUUACUGCUGCUGGCUUUCAAACUCUUCUUUCAUCUCCUUGGUACCUCAACGUCAUCUCUUACGGGCAAGACUGGCAGCAGAUCUACAAAGUUGAUCCACGCAGUUUCAACGGGACGGAUGAGCAGAAGAAGCUGGUGAUUGGAGGAGAGGCCUGUCUCUGGGGAGAGUAUGUGGACGCCACCAACCUCAUGUCAAGGCUCUGGCCACGGGCCAGUGCUGUUGCUGAAAGGCUGUGGAGUUCUGAAGACGUAACAAACCUCAAUGAUGCGUACAGUCGCCUGACUCUUCACCGCUGCCGCAUGGUCAAGCGCGGCGUAAGAGCUCAACCCCUCUUUGUAGGGCACUGCGACUACGAGUACGAAGGUUUGUAGUGAAUCUCUGGAGCGCCUCACGACAAAAGGGAGCACUGCACAGCCAUUAGCCCAUGCUUGCACUUUUCAGAUGAUGACAACAACAUUUAAACAAGUCACUAUGUUUACUGUGAAAUGUUAAAUUACAAAUAAGUGUAUCUAAUGUGUAAUGAUUUCAUGCAGAUCAGGGUUUUUUGUUGCAAAAUAAAAAUGAAUAUGAUUUCUGUAUUAUAAA